AUGUCGAACGAAAACCAACCUUCACCAGAGUGGUUUAUAGAGAAACCAUGUCAAGAAUCACCUGGUGGUGGUGGCGGCGAUAAAACAAGGGUUAAAAAUAAUCCAGAUUGUUCACAACUGGUGCAGGGAUUAUCAUUUCUGUUGAAAGAAAGUCGACCCUCUUUCUCACAACAUGAAAACUCAUCACAUUUGAGACCUUCGCAUUUGAGACCUUCGCAUUUGAAGCCAUCUCGGUCUUUUGAUACUCAUUAUACGACUCCUUUGUCAGCAAGGUCAAAUGAUAAAAAAUUUAGUCUUACUGUACCAUCAACUCCAAUGGUGUUGGACAAUUGCGAGCAUUCCUCACUCACAAUCAAGCCAUCAUUGGCAAAGUUGGAUAUAAGAUCUCAAACCAUCAAAGGAACAAACUUACUCAACUCAACUAUUUUGAAACGACAUAGAGUCAAUAAAGGAGGUCUCGAUGAUGAUAAUACCAACGCUAGUGACAAUGAGGCUAUCUCUUUAUGGACUUCCAAAACCAAUGACUCCUAUGCAUCGCAACUACUUGCCUCAUCCAUACAUCAGCCAAUCACACAAACAAUCCGAGACUUUUAUAACGAUUUUACAACUAUAGAUUGGACUAAAGCAUAUUUAAAUGGGAACCAAUUCAAUUACUCUUUGGAAAAAAGUAAAUGGUUUGAUGAAAAUUGGCACAGGGAGAAGAAAGAUAACUUUAAGGAUGAUGAAUCGGUAGAUCAAAGUCAAAAGAUCCCUUUUUGGCAAAAACAAUAUUUUAUCUUGGGUAAAUGGAUACUCAUUAUACUUAUCGCUUUAUUUUUUGCAGUAAUAGCCUAUGUUAUCGACAAAUUUGAAUUGCUUUUGGUUGGUGCAAAGUAUGGCUAUUGCCAGACAAAUUGGUUUGCUAGUCAAGUUUCUUGUUGUGCAAGUGUUAACCAUAAGCAUAUGAUCCAAGGACAACUGCAAUUAAAGCAACUACAACGUUUUACUUCAUUCUCAGAGGAGCCUUGUCUCCAGUGGAUUAAUUGGUCACAUUUUUUUCAAAAUCUUUGGAUUUCUCAGUUUAUCAGAUUGGACUAUGUCAUUUACGUUGCCUUAUCGAUUGCUUUAGCAUUAUCGGCAUGUUUGAUUACAUUAUCUACCAAAAUUACAGGUGGUGCAAUGGAUGACGAGACUGCUUCACCAGCUCCGGCUUUUUCUUCUUCUUCUUCUUCUUCUCCUCCUCCUCCUCCUUCUUCUUCUUUUCCUCCUCCUCCUCCCCCUCCUCCUACUCUUCCUGCUUUGACAACAGACACGGCUACAUCCUCCAAACACGAGCACAAUCGUAUAAAGCCAAGAGUUAUUUACACUGCAAAUGGAUCUGGUGUGCCUGAAGUUAAGACUAUAUUAUCCGGAUUUGUUAUACGUCGGUUUUUAGGGGCUUAUACUUUGGUAUCCAAGACUAUAGCAUUGAUUCUUGCUAUUGCAUCAGGUAUGGCAUUAGGUAAGGAAGGACCAUACGUUCAUUUGGCUACUUGUGUUGGAAAUAUCACCUCGAGAUAUUUUCCAUUCAUUUAUAAUAAUGAUUUGUUUGAAAAGCAAAUCUUAUCAGCUAGUGCAUCCGCUGGUGUGGCCUUGGCAUUUGGAUCUCCCUUGGGUGGAGUUUUGUUCAUAUUGGAGGAAAUUAACAAUUAUUUACCAAGCCAUCAAUUAUUUCAAGUGUUUUUUUGUGCAAUCAUUUCAACAUUGUUUCUAAAGUUUAUGAACCCGUACGGUACAGGGCAAACGGUUUUAUUUGAAUUAAAGUAUCAUUCAGAUUGGAACCCAAUGGAAUUGUUAUUUUUUGUGUUUAUUGGGAUCUCCGGUGGUGUUUUUGGUGCUGCGUUUAUCAAGUUUGCUAUUUGGUGGCCCAAGAAGUUUAGAACUUUAAAAUAUAUCAAAAACAAUCCAUUGUUUGAAGUGUUUCUUGUUUCUGCAUUAACUGGCCUAGUUACUUUUUGGAACCCUUACACCAAGCAGGCCUCAGCGGAAUUGGUUCUAGAUUUGGCAACUUCAUGUUCUGAAAAUGAAUUGGAUAGAUCUCUUUGCCCAAGUACCAAAGAGCAGUUUGUAAAUGAACUUGGCACAUUGUUAGUUGCCUUUAUCGUUAAAGUAGUGUUGACUUUUAUUACCUUUGGAUUGAAAUUACCGUGCGGUAUAUAUGUACCCUCAAUGGUAGCAGGUGCAUUAUAUGGACGCAUUUUUGCAAUGUUGAUCCAUUACUUUGGGUUAAUCUAUAGAGAUCCAAAUUCAAACUUGGAAGGUUUUAUGUGUAUGCCAAACUCGAUAGACUGUGUUGAUAUGGGGAUUUAUGCUAUGAUUUCAGCAGGCGCAUUCAUGGCUGGUGUAACAAGAAUGAACAUCACUAUUGUCACUAUCCUAUUUGAAUUAACGUCGUCAUAUACUUAUGUCUUGCCCAUUUCCAUUGCUAUAGCGGUUGCUAAUUGGUCCGGAGGGUUACUAGAGAAGAACUCGCUUUACGAAUCGUUACUCAUAAGUAAUGAUUAUCCUUUUAUGUCACCCGAAACGGAACCAAUUGAUCCUAGAGUAGGUGCCGUUGACAUAAUUAGCAACGAUUUGUUGCCCCCACAGGCAAAAAAAACAGCCACGGUUACAGUAAAGAAUUUGAAUUUGCAUACUAAAAUUUAUAUUGAUCUAACCGAGCUGAACUUGGUACCUAUUGAAGUGUUGCAACAAAAGUUGGGCAUGCUUGCUGAUAGGUGUUUGCUAGAUGGUUGUAUACCCUUGAUCAAAAAUCAAGUUUGCGUAGGGUUGAUUUAUUUCUCAGAGUUGGAAAUAUGUCUUGAUAGAAUUUGUUCAUUUGUUCAAGAAUAUGGAUUGAGAAGUGACGAUAUUCAUUGUAAAAUGAUUGAAAAUGGUGAGACUAGAAAUAGAAAGAAAGUUGUUUCUGUUCGUGAACAGCAACAGGACUAUUUUAGCUAUGGCUCUUUUGUGGAAGAAGAAGAGGAGGAGGAGGAGGAGGAGGAAGAAGAAGAAAUCAACUGUAUUCUUGAUGAACUCACAGACUUAACCAUGUAUGUGGAUACCAAGCCCAUCUUUGUAAAUCAUGAUAGUCAAUUAUCUUUUGCACAUUUGAUUUUCGAUAGGAUUGGUAACAGAGUAGUGGUUUUGUUGAAGGAAGGGAAGUAUUAUGGAGUAUUGCAUAAAAAAGUAUUGAUUGAUUAUCUACGUCGAACUGAUUCUGGGACAUAA